AUGGCAUGGAAUUCUGGACAGAAUAGGACUCCUGAGCAGACUCGGAAUAUGGCUCCUAAAGCCGUCUUGGCUCAGACCCCUCGUUUUGCGUGGAGAGUCGAGUCAACGAAAUCCCGUUACCAGGGCGCGUGGGUUUCCUCGGACCCGGUGUGUUUCACCAAGGAAGAACUCCGACCGUGGAUCUCAGCUCACAUGGCGGGGCGUUAUUACUAUGCGCCCUUUGUAAUCUCGUCCUUGACGGGUUCUUUGCUCUGGGCACUCACUUACGCGGACUGGCUGCGGAGGCAAAGAUACAAGGCCAUUCAGAUCUUUCUGGUCGACACCUGGAAGAUACCGGAGGAUAAAUUUUACCCAGCUCGAUUCUUGGCUGCAUACCUUGAAGUCCCGGUGCUGAAUAUACCCUGGCAUGAUGAUCCCUACCACGAGUACUUCGCAUUUGGCGGUGUGCCUAGCGAUACCAUCGUGGGACACGUUGAUCUCCCAUGGGCGGCAAAGUGGAUGCAUACUCUUUUGCCUGCAUUGAGGCAACUUAGGCUGAACGAAGGCCUUCUCCGGAGUCAUUACUGGCUGCGAAUGGGAUGGACUGAUAUCCUUGGGCGGCCCGUCAAGGGCGCCCGUGUUACCUACGAUGACAUCGCGGAUGCCUGUGUGAUUGCAGACAAAUUCCUCUGCUACCCUGACAACAAGGAUUUCCGCUUUCCGAUUGCCAUGAUGUUUCUCUCGCUUCGAAAGAGGAACUGGGAUGAGGAAGCAUGGGUCAAAAUACGGAGUGCAUUCAAAGGCGCGUGUGACUAA